CAGUCAUGCAACAGACAGUCUACUCAUUUCAGUUCUUAAAAACGCACUUGUCACAGCAUCGAGAACAACGGUGCAGCAAGACUCACAGGCUUUUUUGAGAGAAGAACAAGCUAUAAAUCAUGGUUGUGCAUAACUGCAGUGUGGCGUUGAAUCACACAGAACCAGCGUUGAAACGGUUUGAAUGUGUGGCCUACAUAAUUGUCUUCAUAGUGGGCCUUUCCUUCAACAUCAUGGCUCUGUGUAUCUUCUGUCGCCUCAAGCGCUGGUCCGACAUGCAUAUCUACAUGUUCAACCUACUGGCUGCCGAUUUCCUGGCCAUUAUUUUCCUACCUUUCAGAAUAUGGGAAGCCUUUGAAAAAAUAGAACUGAGUGGACUGUGUACAUUCCUGCUGUGCGCUCAAUUCUCCAACAUGUACAGCAGCAUCUUCACCAUUACAGCCAUCAGCUUUCACCGAUUUAUAGCCGUCAGGUUUCCAUUUCUGAUCAAAGCACUGGCCUCCAAAAGUAAGACGAUUGCCAUUACAAAGUGCAUCUUCAUCUGGGUAAUCAUAAUCGUGAUCUGUGUUAUUAUCCUGGAAGAACUUACCACAGACAAAUUAGAGACCUGCUUUGAACGAGAAAUGUCAAAAAAGCUCCAAACCCACUCUAUCUUACUUUUAGAGAUUUUAGGGUAUCUUAUUCCAGUGCUCACUGUCAUAUUUUGCUCCUCACGAACCAUCUACAUCCUGGUCAGAUCCCUUGGGAAUGUCCAAGGCAGGGAUAGAGUGGAAAGGAAAACGAUUACUGCAGUUAUCACCGCGAACAUGUUCACAUUCAUAUUUUGCUUCACGCCUAUUCACAUUGGUCUUUUGUUGCAGUAUUUUUUAGAUUAUUCAUGCAAACACUUUGUGCAUGUGUUUUUUGAUGUUGCCACAUUCAUUGCUAUUACCAACUGCUGUCUGGAUUCCAUUGGUUAUUACUUUCUGCUGAGAAGAGUUCAUAAAAUAAACAAGAGAUCCAGUUGAAUGUUAAAUGUUAGCUUAAAUAUAGUCUACUGAUCUAGAUUAGAUUGAGGCAAGUCCCGGUGAGAAACACAAUGAAUGUAAAGGCUGGUCUACAUCAGACUGUCUACCCUUACAAAACAUUAGUCUUACCAUGGUUGCCAGAUUUACAACUAUCAUGAUGAAAAUAAAAUGUAUCAUGGCAGGCCUAUUAUAUAUUAUGUAUUUAAGUGCAAUGGUAUCACCACAGUAUGUUCCUUAUUUUGACUGUUAGUUUCAGAGAGAGAGAGAGAGAGAGAGAAAGUGAGAGAGAAAUGUUGUUUUUAUAUAUUUUAGCAAUUUAAUAAAAUGUCUAAAUAAUUAUCCUCUGUACUUAUUUAUUUGUGCCCAUAAUUAUUUUCAUGAUGAAGAGAAUACAUCAAUUUAGAAA